AUGCAUACGACCAUACAUGUUUCGAGACUAAUACUAAAAUAGCAAAAAUUCUACCAGGAUAGCAGAACUAACGCAAAUUAGUUAAUUAAAAAAACCCAUUUAUAAUAGCUGUUUGUACAAUAUAAUCCAAAUAAGAACUCUUUCAUAAUUAUGUUUGCCUGGUACGAAUUGUGUUUAUCUUAUUUAAGUUUUGCUACAAUUAUUCAGAUAAUUAUGGUUCAGUGUGAAUGUGGAUAGGCAUGGUGAAAGAUUGUACAAAUUCAAUCAUACAAGUGAACGUGUGUGGUUUUAAAAUGGGUAUUUUCAUUCAAGUUAUCAGCACUAUUGCGGCAUGCUACCUCUGCAUGACAAUCGGUGUGAUCUUCACCUGGCCAUCUUGUACGCUGAAGAUAUUCGAGUCUGGCAACACUACCCUUCACCGGCCAAUGACGGAGACUGAGCUGGCGCUCUUCGGGAGCCUCUCUUCCAUCGGGGCGCUCACCAGCACUCCUUUCACCGGUUAUAUGCUCGAUAUUGUCGGCCGAAAGAGCUGCAUCAUCGUUGCUUCUUUGACUCAAGUGAUAGCAUGGGCGAUGAUAGCUGCCAGCAGCCAAGUGGAGGUGGUACUCACUGCCGUGUUCAUGUCCGGUGUCGGAGGGUCUGGCUUCCUCAUAGUGCCCAUGUUGACCAGCGAGAUCUGCCAGGAAUCCAUCCGGGGCUCCAUGACUGCUGGCAUGAUGAUCUUCUAUGCUUUCGGCAUGUUGGUUUCAUAUGUGCUGGGAGGACUGCUGGAGUACAAGAUGAUGGUGUACGUGUGUUUAUCGAUGAGCGUGCUGGGAGUGGUACUGCUAAGUAUCAUCAGGGAGACUCCACUUUACUACAUGAAGAAGGGAAUGGAAGAGGAGGCAGCAAAAUCCUUCGCUUACUACCGCCAUGCUGCAGUUGACUCCAAAGUGGUGUUAGAAGAGAUGAACGCGUUACGACGAGCUUUCAACCCUAUCAUAGAAGAGGAUGAACUGUCACCAGAAGAACAAAAACUGAAGCCUGAACUCAAAGAUACAGAACAGAAAGAGGAAAAAGAAAGAUUAUCUUUAUUCAAUUUUAUCAAAAAAUCUCAAUCAACACGCAAAGCAAUCGUGGUUUCCCUGGUCCUGAUGACGGCAUCCUUAUUCCAAGGUCUGGUGGUAGUUCAAGUGUAUGCCGAGCCAUUAUUUGAAGAAGCGGUCCCAAAUAUGUCCCCUACGGUGUGCAGCGUGUUACUGGCUAUUGUGACGGUUGUCUUCGGGUUUCUUGGAGCGUAUCUGACUGAUAUCAUUGGGAGACGGCCCCUCAUCAUCUACUCGUCGAUAGCAGCCAUGGUCUGCUGUGUGAUCCUGGGCUCACAGCUACACCUUAGCUGGGCUCCACACUGGGUUACCGCCGUUGCCAUAUACAUGUUUGCUAUAACCUACACCCUGGGUGGAGGUACCGUGCCAUACGUGUUUACUGCUGAAAUCUUCUUGCCUGAGGUCAAGAGCUUCAUGACAAUGAUGGUAGUCGAAUGGGCAUGGUUCUGCAACUUCGUCAUCUUGUUCAUCUUUACCCCGCUGGUGUCCGCCAUCGGUCUGGGCCCAGUGUUCUACUUGUUCGCUGGAGUCUGUCUCUUCACCUCCAUCUACUCCAUAUUCUACCUGCCUGAGACUAAUGGUCUGCCCGUUGACGUCAUCCAAGGGUUGUUUCUUAAGAGGCAACGAGCACAGAAGUACUAGUAGAAAUACUUCUUAAGUUUUUAUGGUGCCCUGGUAUUUUAGUCGGCUAUCUUCCGCUGUGAUGUAUGAAAUUAUACUUAGAUUUAAGAUGAUUUUGUUUGUUUAUGAUGUCUUAACCUUUGGUUGCUAACUUACAACGGGGAAUAGAGAAUAUUCAUUCCUACACAAGAAUAAACUGUAUUAUUAGGAUAAUUUAACUAAUAGUACAUAAAUUGUGAUAACUGUCUAAUUAUGUAUGAAGAGUUAAGGUUAUGUUUUAAUUAAGUAGGUAAUAAAAAAUGGCUCCGAUUACUGAAGACACCUCCUAAUUUUAUUUUAAGUUAUACCUGUAAUUUUCUUAUUCGUGAAUGAAUAACCCAGGCGAAUCAAAUAGGUCUGUCAACUUAAUUCUAUUAGGUUAUUGGCCUACGUAAAAUUUUAGAUUGCCUGUAUGUGUGUUUCAUAAAAUUUAUGCUGGUCCCUUUCUUUUUCAGUGGAUAAGAAAAUGAGAGGUAUAACUUAAAAUAAAUUUAAAUACAGGAGUCAGCACAAAUGUUUUACGUACAUUAUUUAAUAUUAUGUUAUUAAAUAAAACUCUUAAUGCAUUUGCUAAAUUAAUAAUCAAUAAAUUGUAUGUUACG